AUGCUGCGCCCCGCCGCUGGACUAGUAGUCAACCCUCGAGCGAGGCCUGUGGGUGGAGCCUUUGAUCACCUUCGGUCCAGCCGUCUCUCGACCCCGCUGGCGACUGCAGCAGCAGCUGCGCGCCCCUCGUAUCAGCACUCGAGCUCUUCGGCUCUUCCCGCCUCGUCGCCAUGGCCUCGACGGAUCUCGCCGCUGGCAGCGUCGACGACCGCGGACUCGCCCCGGUUCGCCUCUUCGACGGCGGCGGUCGAGGCGGCUGAUCCCGAUGCCGCGCGCGUCGAGGAGGAUGCCAAGAGCGAGACGGACAACGAUCCCUUCCGCAAGGUGGGCUACCUCUACUUUGACUCGGCCUUUCCGAUCCGCCUUGGCUUCUGGGACGUGCGGUACAUGCUCGCCCGCCUCGAGAAGCGCUCCACGCUCGAUCGGAUCAAGGCCAGCCUGCCCCCUUCGGACCAGGUCGGCCACGGCUUCAAAGUCAUCGGUGCCGAGCAGCGCCAAAAGGACGGCGGCGCCUUCCUCACCUUUUCAUACCGCGACGACGCCUCCGACGACGCCACCAGCACCGUCGACGACAUCGAAAAAAACCUCCAGAAGGGCGUCAAGAAGGUCUUUAACCCCAGCAUGCUCUUCAUUGGCAAGCCGGGCGUCCACGUCGUGCGCGGCAAGCCCUUCAGGGAGGACAUGAACAUCUUCCCCGCCACCCGCCUCCACGUCAAGCUCGAGGGCGGCGAUGCCAGCGAGGAGCAGCUGUGGGAGCUGCUGCGGCCCUACGGGCGCAUCCUCUCCAUCAACAAGGAGAAGCCCUCGGAGGCGCUCGUCACCUUUUCCAGGAUGCGCGGCGCCACCGCCGCCCGCAACUGCGCCCACGGCUUCGUCCUCAGCAACGGCGCCAGGAUGAUCCUCACCUUCCGCAGCCACAUGCGCGGCAAGCAGUUCUGGGAGUGGAUCAGCAACCACCCCAAGAUUGUCUUCCCCGUCGCAGCGUUCCUCCUCGGCGGUCUGACAUACGUCAUCUUUGACCCCAUCCGCGAGUUUACCGUCGAGAGCAAGAUCCGCAACACUUUCUCGCUCGAUGACUACCGCAUCUACACCUGGCUCAAGGACAAUACCGUCAGGCUGUUCAAGGACGACGGCCCAGCAGCGUCGAGCGAAGACGACUGGUGGGAGAGGAGAGAGGCCGCCGACAGCAUUCAGGAAUGGAUCCGCGAGAAGCCUUCGACGUUCAUCACAAUCACUGGACCCCGCGGCUCGGGCAAGUCCAAGCUGCUCGGCAAGGCCAUCACCAAGGACGUGCAGCACCUCGUCAUCGACUGCGAGACCAUCGCAAAGACGGCCAAGAACGACGCCACGCUCGUCUCCAGCCUGGCCUCCGAGACCGGCUACUGGCCUGUUUUCGGCUGGCUGAAUAGCCUGAACAGCAUCAUUGACCUCGCCGCGGUGGGACUGAUCGGAUCCAAGGCCGGCUUCGCCACGCCCGUCGAUGCGCAGCUCAAGCAGGUCCUCGGCGUCGUCGGCGCCGCGCUGAACCACCUCAACGAAGAGACCCAGCGCAAGCUGGAAAAGGCGAGGAAGCGCCAGGAGAAGGCCGACAGGCAGGCCGCCAAGGCCAAGCAGCACGAACCGCAGCCAGCGGUCCAGACGCCUUCGGAGAAGGUGCCCGCCCCCGGCUCGCCUGCGAGCUCGACUGACCAGUUGCUCGCCGAGCCGGACGAAGGACGACCCGACCAACCUCACCCAUCCGUCCAGGUCCAGGACGGCGCAGGCGAUGCGGAAAAGCCGUUGGCCUCCAGAAAGUCGUUUGACGUGCCCGUGGUCGUCAUCCAGCACUACCACCACAAGGGCCUCAAGCAGGCCGUCAUCCACAAGGUGCUGGCCGAGUGGGCCGCCGAGAUGGUGACGAACGGCGUGGCGCACGUCGUCUUUGUCAGUGACAACCCGGUCUCGAUGAGCAAGGAGCUGACCAGCGCGCUCCCGAGCCUGCCCUUCCAAAGCAUUGCGCUCGCCGACGCCGACGAGGACAAGGCGAGAUCGUACGUCUUCAACAAGCUCAAGGAGCUCGGCAGGCUGCCGGUCGCGCCCGAACCUGCCCAGACCGCCUCUCCGGCCAACAAGCUCGCGCUCCUCGGCCAGCAGCCUGCAGGUGCGAGUGCCGAGGGGCCCGCCUCUGCUGAGGGUGCAGCUCCGCCGCCGCCGGAAGCGAGCAGCUUCGACAGCGAGACGGCAGCCUGGGUCGACAAGCUGGGCGGCCGGCUGACGGACCUCGAGAACCUGGUGCAAAAAGUCAGCAUCGGCCAGAGUGUCGAGGCGGCCGUCGAGGAAAUCAUCUCGCGCACCGUCGUCGAGCUGCGCAAGAACGCGUUUGGCGAGGACAGCACCGAGACCAAGCAUCUGCCGUGGAAGGGGUCCCAGGCAUGGAAGCUCAUCAAGAUCCUCGCCGACAAGGAAGAGGUCAACUACUACGGCCUGCUCCACGACUCGUUCAAGGGCGACGAGGCCGCGCUCAAGGCGCUCGAGGGCGCCGAGAUUGUCUCGGUGCGCCACGUCAACGGCCGCCCCUCGACGAUCCGAGCGGGCCGGCCGGUGCUGCGCGAGGCCAUGAAGCGCAUGGUCAAGGACCGCGUCUUCAACGACACGCAGACGCUGCUGGCCAACACGUCGUCGAUCGACAGCGCCGAAAAGUCGAUCCGGGCGCUCGAAGAGGAGAUCCGCGACAUUUCGACCAUGAUCCAGGGCAGCCCGUUCAAGGUGGCCGUCGGCGGAGGCAGCACAGGCGCCGUCGUCGACGAGGAUCCGGCCCACCCUCCGCUCUCGCCUUCCGCGGCGGGCGGAGGCGGGUCGGGCAUGUUUGGCAGCGGCCUGUUCGGGUCGAAGGCGUUGCCGCACGCAUGGCCGCACGACCACCCGGCGCCGGUGGUUGUGGCGCCCAUCAGCGCGACGGACGCGGCGCGGGCGCGGACCGAGUUCUUGAUGAGCAAGAUGGCGGCGCUCCAGUCGCAGAUUUCCAAGCUCGACGCUGAAAACGCACGCAUCCAGGCGCGGCUGAUGCGGUAUCGGGAAGAGGCGACGGCGCACUGA